GAAGAAGUCAGCUGCUUCGUUUGGCAUCACAACAAACAUGGCGUCAGGAGGCGGCUAACGGAGAGGAAGCGCUGGGAAUCACCUAUAUCAUCAACAGCCGUUAUAAUCGAAAGGGGUUUUUUUUUGGGAAAAAAAACAAACAAAAAACCCCAACUUAAUAACGUAUAAGAUUUGACCGUGCUGAUCUCAAGAUGGAGCCCGCCCCAUUUCCAGAGGAGGUUUCGGAAAGGAAAGUGUGCAUUGUCGGGUCGGAGCUGGUGGAAAACUACACUGUCUAUAUCAUCGAGGUGACAGAUGGAGAGCACAAGUGGACUGUGAAACACCGCUACAGUGACUUCCAUGACCUCCAUGAGAAGCUGACCGUAGAGAAGAAAGUGGACCGACGGCUGCUUCCCCCGAAGAAGAUGCUGGGGAAGAAUUCGAAAAGUCUGGUGGAGCGGCGGCAGAAAGAACUGGAACUCUACCUGCAGACGCUGCUGCUGCAGUUCCCGCAGGCCACGCCCACUCCGUUGUCCUACUUCUUGCACUUUCACCUCUACGAGAUCAACGGCAUCACGGCGGCGCUGGCUGAGGAGUUGUUCCAUAAAGGUGAGCAGUUGCUGCAGGCUGGCGAGGUGUUUACUCUUCGUCCCCUGCAGCUUUAUUCCGUCUCCCAGCAGCUCCGCCUGGCCAAACCGACCUGCUGUAACGGGGAUGCCAAAACCGACCUGGGACACAUCCUCGACUUCACCUGCAGGCUACGAUACCUUAAGAUGUCUGGUACCAGAGGUCCAGUAGGAAGCAGUAACAUCCAAGAGAGCAGCCUCCCCUUUGACCUGUCUGUGUUCAAAUCACUGCUGCAGAUGGAGAUCAGUGAAUGCCGCUCUCAGCAGAUUCAAGGCCUGUCAUCUCUGAGGUCGAGUCUGGCAACUCUGAGUAUCCACCGCUCCACGGAAACUAUGAUGUCGAUCCUGGUCCCAGAGGCAAGCGAGUUCUCACAGUGGGAGGCUGAAGGGGCGGAGUCUGGCUGUCCUGUCACGGCUGUCAUUCCUGUGUGGACAAACCUCACCACCUUGGACAUGAGCCACAACUGCAUUAGCACCAUCGACAACUCAGUGAAACUGAUUCCGAAGGUGGAGUUUCUGGAUCUGAGCUACAACCAGCUGUCCACAGUGGAAAACCUGCAGCACCUGUACAAUCUGGUCCAUGUGGAUCUGUCCUAUAACAACCUGCGGGUCCUGGAAGCUGCUCACACACGUCUGGGCAACAUUAAAACCCUGAACCUGGCCGGCAACCAGCUGGACCAACUGAGUGGCCUCACCAAGCUCUACUCUCUGGUCAACCUGGACCUUAGCCACAACCAGCUGGCUCGGUUGGAGGAGAUCAGGAACAUCGGCUCUCUGCCCUGUCUGGAGAAACUCAAUCUGUCCAGUAACCCCAUGUGCAUCAUCCCAGACUACAGAACCAAAGUCCUGGCCCAGUUUGGAGACCGUGCAGCAGAGGUUUGUCUGGACUGUAAAGUGACAACAGAGAAGGAGCUGGACACAGUGGAAGUGCUGAAAGCCAUUCAGAAAGCCAAAGAAGUCAAAGAUAGGAUGAGCGGCAGUGACAAGAAGAUCAGUGAGGAGACCAGGUUGUCUGCUGCUGCACCUCCUCACCUCUCCUCCUCCAUCCCCCCCUCCCCCUCAUCCUCCUGCUGCUCCUCCUCUGCUGUUGCUCCUCCAGCUGUCACCUCCACCUCUUCUUCUUCUUCUUCUUCCUCUUCCUCUUCCUCUUCUUGCCCGGCCCAGCAGGCUGCCUGCCCCAGCCAAGAAGUGAUGAGCAGAGAAGAAGCUACUGUUCCCCUCAGUGUCCUCCCUCCUGUGGACACUGCACCUCCCCCUGCAAGCUUUAAUACCAAUACACUGUCUGCUGACCCCACCCAGGUGCAACAACCUGUUAUCAGUCUGUCUGAACACACACACUACAGAGCUUCCACAAGUAAUACUGCUCUCACUCCAACUAUUUCUCAAUGCUGUGUCUGCUCCACUUCCUCCUCCAGACUAGUUGAAAUCACUUGCUUCUCCUGCAGUACAGCCUGGUGUCCUUUACUUCCUGCUCACCUGCUUUCCCUCUCCUCCUUAAACAAAGACUUCAUUAUUCAACUCUCCCAUCUUCUCAUCUCCACCCUGAAGGAGCAGAUGGGAAAGACACAGGAAGAGGAUGAGAAAGAGGAGGAGAGGGAGGAAGAGAAGAUAUUGGAAUUCCGAGAGGUUCAGUCCCCUGUGGAGGGCACUGAGGUGGGAAGUCCCAGUCCAGGAUCCAGGGACGGAUACUUUGAGAUGGGUCUGGAUGACUCCGUUGAGGAUUCGGUCUGCUCUUCCUUUACUUUGCUGGCUGUUCCUCCUGUAGAGGAGCCCAGUGGUGAACAGGGGGAGCUGUGUGAAGAGGAGAAGGAGGUGGUGGUCAGCAGAGUUCUGUGGUGCUACUGCCUUCAGGUGAAGGAGGAGGUGGAGCAGAAGGAAGCGUGUCUGGUGCUGAUGGACCGGAUGUUUGGCCUGAUGUACCUAUCACGUGAUUUCACAUGGACCAAUCAGGACACAGACUGGAAGCAGAGUCCUCCUGUCGAGAAGGUGCUGUCAAGCCUACAAGUGGGUCUCCUGGUGCCAUACUCCCAGCUCCUGUUCUCCUCCCAAGGCGAGCUCCCUGACUCCUGCCUAGCCCUUGGUCUCCAAAGCAGUUCAACUCGGUGGUACAUCUUCUCCAGCGUGGAGGAGCUCAGGCAGACCAGGACCGAGCUGCGUUUGCUGAUCCAGGCAGCAGGGUCUCAGACUGACACAGAGCCCCCCAGCCCUCCUCAGCUCUUCCCCAGCUCACUCAUCAACUCCUGGGAACUGGAGGAGAGUCAGGGAGCCAAGGGAGGCUACCCUGUCCAUCUCCUCCCUUCCCUCACCUCCUCCUCCUCCUCUUCCCCAGACGUCCACCCCCUCCUGUCAGACAUCUUGCCAAAACGAGAGAACCCCAGCCUCCCUUCCCUCCUCUUUCUCACACACAGGCACCUCUGGGUGUUGAAAAUAGACUUCAAAGAGCUGGCAAAACAAGAGAAGAAGAGCGCUGACCUUCUUCACUCCUCCUCCUCCUCCUCCUCCUGGUGCAGGCUGGUCCGUGUGCCCCUCGGCUCUGUGGUGCUUCACCCCUCAGAGAGAGCUUCUCAAGUUGAGAAGACGAGCAGUAACGCCUCCUGUCCUGACCCAAAACACCACUGCAGGAGAAGUCACAGUUUGGAGCUACUGCUUUGUGGCCAGAGGCUGCUGCUGCUCUUCCCUCUGGCCCAGGACAGGAGCUCCUUCCUCUUGGAGCUGAGUCAGCAGAGAGCCUCUCUGGAGGGGCUGAAGAUGGUUGCCCUGCCCUGUCCACAUCAAGGUGAAGGCCAUCACAGAUCCAGACACCAGUGCUGUUGUAGCAGUACCAGGAAAAUGCACCAUGGCAGCAGCUGGGACUCCUCCCGCCUCCAGAUUGAGGAACACCAGCCAUCCUCUCACCUCACCCCAGGUCUCUCCCCAGGACUGAAGCUCCUGGCUGGUCUCAGAGGACAGCAACUACUAGAUUACUUCCACGCAUAUAUAGCGAUGUCUGAGGAGGAGGAGGUGAGACAGGUCUUGUGGCAGUCUGUGGUUCUCUACAAAUCUCCAGAGUCUGAGCUCACCUGCUGUCUGUUGCUCUCCACUGAUACCCUCUACUUCCUGCUGGAAGACUCUGCCUCCACACUCGGUCAUCACACAGUGUUGGACAUGAUGGACUCGGGAGAUCCAGACAUCAGUCUGUGCUGCUGUCUGUCCAUCAGACUGUCUGAGCUGCUGUCUGUCAAUGUGGGGCUGUUCGACCAGUACUUCAGAUUCGUUGGUCAUUCGGCUGAUCACAUCGUGUGCUGUCUCAGCAGGGACAGUUAUGGGACAGGUGUCUUUCUUCAGGAGCUGAUGUCUGUUCUCAGUCUGCAGCAGCAACUUCCUCCUCCAGAGCCAGAAGAUCAGGACUUCUAUUCUCAGUUCACCAACACAAACACAGGGAAGAUGCAGAACUAUGAGCUGGUCCACAGCAGCAGGGUGAAGUUUAUUUAUCCCAGUGAAGAAGAGAUGGGAGACCUGACUUUCAUUGUGGCAGAGAGGAAGAUUCCAGCCAGUGCAGCAUCCUCGUCCUCACGCUCCUUCAAUGUGCUGCUGUACCUGCUGGUCUUCCAGGUCCAGAUCCCCAGCAGUGUGCCCAGCCAAGGCUCUGCUGUCUCAGGCCAUUCGCCCUGUGUUUCUGGCUCCACCCCAUCCCCCGUACUUCAGCCCAGGACUUUGAUCCUGACCAGCACUGAUGUGUUCCUAUUGGACGAAGACUAUGUGAGCUAUCCUCUGCCUGAUUUUGCCAAAGAACCUCCUUCCAGGGAGCGGUACCAGCUGCGUGAGGCUCGAAGGAUUCGGGACCUGGACCGGGUCCUGCUGGGGUACCAGACGUACCCUCAGGCUCUGACCCUGGUCUUUGAUGACCUGCCUGGGCCCGACCUGCUCUGCCAUCUCACCAUGGACCACUUUGCUGCUGGAGCAGAGGAGGCCACACCCAGAGGGGGUGGAGCCAGUGGGGGAGCAGAGGGCGAGGUCCAGUGGUGUGUCUUCGUCCCAGGGGCUGACAGUAGAGAGAGGCUGAUCUCACUCCUUGCUCGCCAGUGGGAGGCGCUGUGCAGCCGGGAGCUACCUGUUGAACUCACAGGCUGAUUGGUCAGCAAGGAUGACAGACAGAUGGGUGACUGUUCAGCACAUAUUUGCUCACUGGACUCGGUGUAUGACCUGGGUAAUUUACACAUGGAUUCAGGGAUUGACUGACUGCUUAAAGGCCUCAGUGUGCUUCAAACGAAGUAGGUUGUACAACAUGUUGUCUAUGGCGAAAGGCAAAACUUUUCCAGUUUCUCUGAAGGGUCACAAAGAGGGAGGACGUGAUUAUUUAGUUUCACUCUUUCACACAGUGAAAAACAGAGAGAGCCAAAGAGGGUGAACACAGUUACCUGCACACUGUAGGGCAGUGUUUCUCCCUGUUCUGUAUGCAGGUGCAGUGAAAAGCCUGCUGUCACUCUGUAAAAUGGUUUGUUUUGGAAAGUAACAAAAUAAAUUGUCAGCACCCCAAGUUAGACAUCCAUCAAGCACGUUUCAAGCACACUGGGGCCUUUAGUCUUACUUUUUGCAGACUGUAAGGGAGGCAGCUCUGGCCAUGCACAGAAAUAAAACUGCGAGUUAUUAGGACUUCGUUAACACCAGACUGCCAUUACAGACAAUGACCUCAGAGAUGGAGCUGAACUUUCUGGCCCAACCUCACUUUUCUUGCAAGCAGAUGUAUUUAUUUGGUGGACGUUGACAGACUGAUAGACAGACUGGUGUUGCACAGCAGGGGGCAGUGCAGAUAGUCCACAGGAGUUCUACUAGAUUUUAAUCAACAUUAGCUUAAAGGAACAAACACGUCAUUUCUGGUAAAUCCUCUUGUUCUCUGCCAUCUUCAGAGUCAGAUUCAAAUAUGUGUAUCAGUUUGAUCUCUGUGCUAAAAUACGGUAGGUCACAAUGUGUUAGCCUAGCUUAGCGCAAAUACUGGAAGCAGGUGGAAACUGGUAGCCUAGGUGCAUUAAAAACAGAAAAAAAUCCAUUCCAACAACCCCAAAGCUGUUUGAUUUACUGGUAGUCAUUUAAAUUAACUUUAAGACCAAAAAUCACUUUUAUAUCACUUUUUUUUUCUUUUACAUUAUGACUGAAGUGACAAGAGGAUUUCCCAAAAUGUUGGGCUGUUGUUUUAAGUAGCACACACAUGCUCGCACACACUGCUGCUCAGCACAGUUUGCUCUCUAAUUAUUUUAUUCCUUGCACAUUGUAAUUAAUUAAACAGUAUUACUGAACUAUAUAUUGUUGUUAAUAUUGUAUUAAUAUUAUUGUUCCUUCGGGACAGAUGGAUGUUUUCCAUCCUGAAGCAGAUUUUGUACUAAAUAUGAUGCUCAUGAUGAUCUCUGAAUUGUCAUCUUAAGUAUCAUUGAGUAUUAUUUUUUAUAUUUUCUUUGUUUUUUUAUUGUACGUUAUAUUUUUUGUAUAUUAUCAACAAAUGUGAAGUCAACCAGUAAUGCCCCCCAACACCACCACCCUACAUUGUUGAUUAUGUCAUAUUGUUGUCUUGUCAAAGGGGAAUGCCACUGAAUAAAAAUGAAAAUGAAAACGA